AUAGUACCUACAUGAUCUUCAUUCGGGCUUCAAAAUAGGGCUUCUCCGAGAAUAGAGCAGCUGACUUUCUUUCAUGAUUUCACAAUAGUAGUUAUUACAUUAAUUACAGUGACAGUGGGAUUAAAUAUAUUCCUUAUUUGCUCUUGCCUCUUAACUAACCGGCUACUUCUGCAAGAGCAGGUAGUUGAAAUUGUUUGGACGGUUAUUCCUGUGUUUAUUUUGUUGAGGAUUGCACUUCCUUCUUUGAAGGCGCUAUAUUUAUUAGACGACCCGUUUACCCCAAGCCUUACAAUUAAAGCUGUAGGGCAUCAGUGAUACUGGUCAUACGAGUAUUCUGAUUUUCCUGGCAUUGAGUUUGAUUCGUAUAUACUCCCAGAAAGUGAUAGAUUGAGCAUCGCUCGGCUUUUGGAGACAGAUAACUCUUUAAUUGUCCCUAGCUUUAGCCAGAUUCGGGUUCUUAUUACAGGAAGGGACGUAAUCCAUUCUUGAGCUGUUCCUUCUUUGGGGGUCAAAGCUGAUGCAGUCCCCGGACGAUUGAAUCAAGUAAUACUGUAUGUAAAUCGAAGGGGAGUGUUUUAUGGGCAAUGUUCUGAAAUUUGUGGGGCCAAUCAUAGCUUUAUGCCUAUUAAGUUAGAAGCUGUUCCUAUGGCCUAUUUUAUUAAAUGAGCGUUAAAAAGGAGGUAG